AUGCAGUGGCACUACAUUGUCACACUAAUCCUCUCAGAGACCAACAUAAGUCCUAAGUCAAUAUUGCCAAGAUUAGCUUCUGUAGACAUGACCUUCACCAUGAAGCUUUUAUUGGUGGAUUGUCCUACCAUGUCCAACCACAUCAACCCAUUGCUCGUCAGCGUCAGAAAUGUUGCCGUGUUGGCCACCCAGACAAACACUGUCGCUCCACACCUCACUGCCCACUAUGUGCCCAACUAUGGAGAAUAUUUUGAUGAUGAGUGGGACUCUGAAAGUCCCCAAGAUGAUAGUGAUAAAGAUAGGGAUUAUGUAUUUGGCGAAGGUUACUCUGAGAGCAAGGAAAGCAAUGAUGAUAAACUAAUGGAUUGUUACCCUAUAUCAGGAGAAAUUCAAAUCUUUAUGAAAGUAUCCACUAAUACUGAAACCAGGGAGCUGCCGGAAUUAUCACGUCAGUUCAUUCUGCGCCUCCUGUUUGUGACGAAGCCAAUAUCCCAGGCAAUCCUAGCUCUAUGGAUCCCACAUCUGAAACCAAACGAAGACCUUGGAAACAUAGCCGCAGAGCACAAGCAGAGCGCCCAGAUCCUGUUUGACAUGUACAUCUGGCGGGAGUUGAAGGACCAACAAGGCAAUCCAUUUAUUAAACUCAGCUGGACUUUUAGAGAAAACCUGAAGAUAGCUACUCUAGGAGGAGGGAAACCAUGGACCAUGUCAGCUGCAUUAGAUCCUGAUCCUCAUCGCCGAGACUUACAGUUUCUGGACAAAUAUGCAAUGAAUCGGUGGGAGAAUGUGCUCAUAUUCCUUAUCCAGCCAGGGAAGAGAGCAACAGUAAUUUCCAGGAAAGCAAUUAGAACAUUAGUCCAUGCUGGUCUAAUCAAAAGCAGCGAUGAGUCAGAUUCAUCCAUAAUGCAGAUCACGAACUCCGGCUUCCAGUUCCUCCUGCUGGACACGGCCUCGCAAGUGUGGUUUUUCAUCCUCAAGUACCUAGAGACAGUCACAGAGCAUGGACUCAACCUUGUUGCUUGUUUGACUUUCCUUUUCAAGCUUUCCUUUUCUACAGUUGGAGUGGAUUACAGUAUGGCAGGGAUGAACAAUGAGCUCCUAACUUUUCUACAACACUUAAGGAAAUUUGGACUUGUAUAUGUACGAAGAAGACGUUCUGGCAGAUUUUACCCUACGAAAUUAGCUCGUACUAUAACAGCAGGUCAAAAUAAGGGCAACCUUAGCGUUCCCAAACAGGGGAAUCUUAUCAUUGAUACAAAUCACAGAAUAUAUGCCUAUACUACUUCAGAACUACGAAUUGCACUGUACUCCAUAUUUUCCAUCAUAAAGAGCAGGUUUCCUAACAUGGUUUUUGCUUACAUGUCAAGAAGAAGUGUGAGAAGAGCUCUGUUGAAGGGUAUCAGCGCUGAACAACUUGUUAGUUUCCUCACACAGCAUUGUCAUCCUCAGAUGUACAAACAAAAUCCAGUUGUUCCACGUACAAUUUCAGAUCAGAUUAAAAUGUGGGAGAUGGAAAGAAAGAAAAUAAAAUUUAGUGAAGGAGUAUUGUACAAAGACUUCAAGUCAAUUCAAGAUUUUGUGUUGCUCAUGUCUUAUGCAUCCACCAGAGAUGUUUUGAUAUACUCGGAUGGAAACCGGCAAAUAAUGGUUGUGGUAGAGGAAGGACAUCCAACAAUAAAUCAGUUUCGGGAAAAAAAUCUGCCAGAAUAAUUGGAUAGAGAUUUUCAUAGUACUGUUGAUAGCUGUAGGAAAAUAGUUUGUUUUUUUUGUCUAAAUGCCAUUUCUCUCCCUUACUAUGAUGUUAAACUGAUAUAUAAAGUAUUGUCCUAACUUUAUAUUGAUUAUUUUUAUUUAGGGGAAGGACAUUAUUUGAUUAUUAAUAUGAUUGAUAAUUGAUACACCCUUUUUUAAGAAUCUGGAGGACCUCAGAUUCACUCCUGGAAAUAGAAAAUGCGUUUUGAUAAAAAUAAAGGAAGAAUGCUCGCUAAUGAAAAUAGGAUUAUUAUUUCUUGUGUUUACACUGUGCCUUGGAAUAAAAGUUA